AAACCCCAACCCCGACAGCCUGUAUCCACAAGGCUUUGUUCCUGAACAGUUUUGCGCCUAAAAGCGCGGACCUUUCAGAGAGCCACGGUCAUCGACUAACACGGCUCAGGGAUUGGUCGCCCGCCAAAACCUGCCUAAAAAUAGCAGAAUCCUCCUCGGCAGUAUAAAAGCGCUGACUAAACGCGCAAGCCAGUUAUUAUUGAGAUCUGUCUCCGUACACUCGACUAGCACAGCAAGCAUCAUGUCUGGACGUGGUAAAGGCGGUAAAGUCAAGGGAAAGAGCAAGACUCGCUCAUCCCGCGCUGGACUCCAGUUCCCCGUCGGACGUAUCCACCGUCUGUUGAGAAAGGGCAACUACGCCGAGCGAGUGGGAGCCGGAGCUCCUGUCUAUCUGGCUGCCGUGCUCGAAUACCUGGCUGCCGAAGUUCUCGAGUUGGCAGGAAACGCCGCCCGUGACAACAAGAAAUCCAGAAUUAUUCCUCGACAUCUCCAGCUGGCCGUCCGAAACGAUGAGGAAUUGAACAGGCUCCUGUCCGGCGUCACCAUCGCCCAAGGAGGUGUCUUGCCCAACAUCCAGGCUGUCCUCCUGCCCAAGAAGACCCAGAAGGCCGGCAAAUAAGCGCCCAGAACACCGACUGUCUGUCAGGACACUAUCCAUCCAACGGCCCUUUUCAGGGCCAACCAAUUCUUCCCGAAAGAACCUUUUCCAUCUAAGCACUUGUAAAGCAAUCCCAUGCACUCACUUUUACGUACAUGUCUAUACGUACAUAUGUGUGCAUAAACGUGUGCAUGUGUAUAUGUAUGCAGGAUCUCAACGUACGUUCCCACGUGCACAUUCCUGUAUGUCUUCGUGUAAGCAAUUGGCACGUUCUUCCGACAUUCUUUGAAAAAAUUAAUCCGUUACAUUUAAUAUAACACACAUGUGUACACACACA